AUGCCAAAAGUCGCAGCCAGCCGAAAAUCGAAGCUCGAGUCCUAUGUCAAGGAGUUCGGAAACGACAUACUCUCCACAGAUGGAAUGGUACUGCUUUGCAAAAUCUGUGAGAAAGAGGUAUGCGUUGACAAGAAGUUCCAGGUAGUGCAACACGUCAAAGGUGUCCUCCAUAAAUCAUUAGCUGAGAAGAAGAAAAGAUCUUCUUCAUCAAGCUUGGUGCAAUUGACAACACUGAAUCGCGCAUCAGGGAAGCUGUCCCAAUUCAAUAUGGAUCUUUGUGAUGCCUUUGUCUCGGCCGGGAUUCCGCUGUGGAAACUUGAGAAUGAAAAGCUCCAGAACUUCCUCCGGAAUCACGCUAGGCAAGAGGUCCCAUCUUCUUCGACUCUUCGAAAGGGCUACCUGCGAAGUAUAUACGAGGAUAAGCCGGAAUACAUCAGAAGUCGCGUCGCAGGAAAAUAUAUUUGGAUCUCGAUUGACGAGAGCACUGAUGCCGUGGGUCGAUUCAUCGCUCAAACCAUAGUCGGAACACUGGAUACCUCGGAGAGUGGAAGAUUCCUCUUGCAUGCGGAAUGUUUAGAUAAGACGAACAGUUCGACCAUUUCCCAAGCCUUCAUGAAUUCACUGAGCUUACUGUGGCCUACCGGCGUUGAGCACUAG